ACACUCACAAUUCCUCGAUGUGAAAAGGAUGCCCGAACGGGGUAUGACUUCGAACUUCACAUUGAAUGCAUAGGAAAUCUGCCUCUUGAAUUACCUCGCCCUCCUAUCUGGGAAAAAACAGCAAAACCUGUGGGUUGGUUUCAGUCACUCGAAUUGCCAGUUGUCGACAUGCGAUUGAGACACGUGAAUCUCGAGGCACAUCUACACACCAACGAAAAAUACGAGACGUAUUUUAAGCGCCGUAUCGCGAACAUCGUCUCAUCCUAUUGUGAACAUCAGGCUAAUGAGUGCCCCGGAGCCACACUACGAAUAACACAGGUACAAAUUACUCAAAUGUUAAUCAUUGCUUCAGACGACAAUGACGACGACAAUUCCGUGCUAUAUGCAGCUGAUGAUGAAUCAGAACCGCUUCUCACUCAGAACAAUGUCGUACUGUUGCGGGUGGAGCGGGAACCGGUCAACGUAACUCGCAUUCUUUUCGCUAUCACGAAAUCCGAAAACGUUGGCUCACUCAACGAACAAAUGAUUAUCGAUCCAGUGAAGGUAAAAUAUAUUCUCGGGAGUCAAGCUGGUCCAUUGGCACGAAUUCUCGGGGGAAUCAAACUCGACAGCGUCCGCGUCUCACGAAUACGGCGCCAUCUGAAGCCUUCAGAAACCGAUAACACGCGACUAAUCACGAUCAUUUCCAUCGUCGGCGCUUUCUUCGUUAUCUGCUACAUCAUCGGGGCUAUACGACUUUGCAGGGAUGCCCGACGACGUAAGCGAGAACGGAAAACCAACAACGAUCCAGACGGGCUCACCAAUGCCAACGCCGUGCCCAACUAUGGGUCCUGCCAACGGAAAUCGUCAAAAAAUGGAGCGAAUACCUUUCCCACUAACUACAAUCAGAUCGAUGAGUGUGUCGAUAACUAUAAUCAAGAAGAGCCACAUAUACUCACUGAACGACAGGCUCGUUUUAUGUUCAUGUGCGAUCCAUCACAAUUACCUCGCGAGCCCACAUUUGAAUCUCAAGCUGCCCUUGGCAGCGAGCAGAAUCAUUCUUCCAAAUCCACUCCUCCUCGCGAAGAAGUCAUCCUGGAAAACGAACCACUUGAAGAGGAUGCUCCAGAAGAAACAGUAGAAAAAUGUCAUCCUCCAUCUCCACCAGUUAAGCAACCAUCGCCUACCAAAUUAAUAAGAAGAUCACCUCAUAGCGAUCCCGAAGUGCCUGCCUUAGUGCUUGUGCCGUCCCUCUCUCUUGACUCACCAAUAACAUCCGAUGACUCACCUAACUUCGCUGUUCCAACCUCGUUGCUUGGGAAUGAUCGUGACAGCCCCAUCGACAGACCGAGAUCACGGCGAAGUAGUCGUGUUGGAGACGAGGUAUUGGACUUGCGUGAGGAGGAUGGACCAUUGGAUAUAGAAAAAAACAACAACUAUAACCUGCUGCUACAGAAUCUUGCACGUGAUGAAGACGAAAUUGAAAGGCGGGAACAACUGGGACGAUGGUCGAGCAGCGACGGUGAGGUUGACGUUUAUUACAAGAUGAGUGACGACGAGGACGUGACGAUUCAUGGCGACGAUUGGGCGAAUGUGAAAGCUGAGGCGGUGGCCGGUAUUAGCAGAAACGAGUCAGGAAACGACGCUGCUGAUAGUGAUUCUGAUGAUGAUGACGAGCGAUUAAAACAAAGCGACGGGGAUAUUGACGGAUACGUUUACGAACGAUUACGCGAGGAACUCACACCUGUACCACCGGACAGCUAG